UUGUUGUUGAUUCGAACGGCCGGGAGCGGGCGGCGGUGGUGCGGGGGUCGGUGUCGCCAGCCCUGGGCUGGGCAGGCAGGGACGGCUCCGGAGCAGCGCGCAGGAAGGAAUUCGGCGAGCCACGGUGGUAACAUGAUGCCAACAUGGUUGUUGUGUAUCUGGUGAGUUCUGACUGGCACACGGGGGCAUGGGGUGGAACUCUGUCUCCUGGAUUCCAUCGACAUCAGAAAUGCAGGGACUCAGUUUGAAGUUGAAUAUUCCCAACCUGAGCUCUAGAGGAGGCUGACUUGCUGCUGGUGUCCUGCUACCUCUUGAUUGUGAGAGGCUGGGUCCAUAUUCCAGUGACUGCUCAACAGAGAGAGCUUGGGUGACAUCUGUAAGAUCAUCGUAAAGAACCAGAUUGCUGGGAUCCCCCCCCUGUGGCUACCGGACUGCUGCUGAGCUACCCCUCCCAGCCCAUGUGGCUCUCCCCAUGCUUCAGGAGUGCAACUGGUGCCCAACGCAAUGUGUGUUUGUCAAACCAUGGAAGUGGGCAAGUAUGGCAAGAAUGCCACUCGAUCCGGAGACCGGGGGGUCCUGCUGGAGCCUUUCAUUCACCAGGUGGGCGGGCACAGCAGCAUGAUGCGCUACGAUGACCACACUGUCUGCAAGCCCCUCAUCACCAGAGAACAGCGCUUCUAUGAGUCUCUGCCCCCAGAAAUGAAGGAGUUCACACCUGAGUACAAAGGUGUGGUAUCUGUCUGUUUUGAGGGAGACAGCGAUGGCUACAUUAACCUCGUGGCCUAUCCCUAUGUGGAGAAUGAGGCUCUGGAGCAGGAUGAUAUGCAAGAGAGGGACCAGCCACGACGCAAGCACUCGCGUCGGAGCCUUCACAGAUCAAGCAGUGGCACUGAGCAUAAGGAGGAAAAACCUGGCCUGGCCAGUGACAGCACUGAAAGCAGCAUCCAGGAAGCAAAGAGUCCCAGGGUGGACUUGCACAUCCAUUCAGAUGUUCCAUUCCAGAUGUUGGAUGGGAACAGUGGUCUGAGCUCUGAGAAGAUCAGCUACAACCCCUGGAGCCUGCGCUGCCAUAAGCAGCAGCUGAGCCGCAUGCGGUCAGAGUCCAAGGACCGAAAACUCUACAAGUUCCUGUUGCUGGAGAAUGUGGUGCAUCACUUCAAGCUUCCCUGUGUACUUGAUCUGAAGAUGGGGACCAGACAGCAUGGAGAUGAUGCAUCUGAGGAGAAGGCUGCUAGGCAGAUGAAGAAGUGUGAACAGAGCACUUCAGCCACCUUGGGUGUGCGUGUGUGUGGGAUGCAGGUCUAUCAGCUGGACACAGGGCAUUACUUAUGCAGGAAUAAAUACUAUGGACGUGGUCUUUCCAUCGAGGGCUUCCGCAAUGCCCUCUACCAAUAUCUCCACAACGGCAUCGAGCUGCGCAAGGACCUCUUUGAGCCUGUCCUGGCCAAACUCCGAAGCCUGAAGGCAGUUUUGGAGAGACAGGCUUCCUACCGCUUCUACUCCAGCUCCCUCCUCAUCAUUUAUGAUGGGAAGGACAGCAGGGCAGGGAUGUUUGUGGAGCGCCGGCCAGAGAUGCGCCUGAAGCGGGUGGAGGGCUCCCUCCCGGAGAGCCUGCAGGAUGGCAGCAGCACGGAGCCCGGGUCCUCUGCCCAGCCCAAGGUGGACGUGCGUAUGAUUGACUUUGCACACAGCACGUUCAAAGGCUUUCGUGAUGAUCCCACUGUGCAUGAUGGACCUGACAUGGGUUACGUGUUCGGGCUGGAAAGCCUCAUCAACAUCAUGGAACAGAUGCGUGAGGAAAACCAGUAGCCCUGGGCUGCCGCCUCUUGUCCUUGUGGCAGGAGCAGACAAGACCACCUACUACCACAGGAAAAAAAGCGGACAACUUUGGUUUUAAACAGUUGUAUUGCUCCAUUGUUUUUAAAUGUACUUGGAUAGAAGAGCUGAGAGGGAGGCAGGAUGGAAGAGCUUCUCAUGCCACCCAGAUGGUUCUGACCACACUAGUUCUGCCUUCUGGAGGAGGCUCUACAGAUGCCUGCUGGGCGUUGGGUGUUCCAGUUCUUCACUCAUUGCAUGUGCAUUCUGGAGAGAGGAUCUGGACAUAGGGAAGAGAAAGCCUGAGAGCAUGGGGCUCUUCAGUGUGCUGGAGCUGUGGCAUGAGGAGCCUCCUGCCUCAGGAGCCCCUGGGAGAGCCUCCCCUUUGAAGUUCUCCUGGGUUAUUUGGAAAGGGCACUUAGCUCAGAGUUAAGCAGCAUCUGUAGGGCUGAUGGUGAGCAGCACAGGUGCUGGUCCUUGCUUUUGGUUGCACUGGCUUUGCCCUGGGUUUUGCUGGUGAGGCUUUGCUUUUGAUUCUGCCUUUUUCCACUGUUUGGGCACUGUGAAUAACCAACCCAAACAUGGAAAUAAAAUGACCAAAUGCAACCCCUGGCAGAGCUGCGCCAGGAGGGAAUGCCACACACCUGGAGUAGUGCUCAAGCCUGAGGUGGCAUGGGCAGACCCAGGCAAGGGGCUCUGCAAGAGUAACUCUGCCUUGGACCACUGACCACGCAAGAACUCGGCUCCUGAGCUAGCAAUAGUAUCUGUAGCAGUUAACACGACCCCAGUGCUGCAGUGGGGCCUUUUGGACCAUUUCAGCCCUUCCCCUCCUGUAAUGUUGGUCCUGCAGGCGAGGAUCUCCCUUCCGCUGUCAGGCCCUGGGGCUGCAGCUUGGGGCUGCCCUUGUGCCCAAGGAGAGGUAAGAAGGGGAGGCCAAGGGCUAGGGCUCACUCCCCUUCUCCACAAGGGGCUCCAGGGGAACAGGGGAAACCUGGCUGAACGGUGAGUGCCAUGACCUGACUGUUGAGCUUACCUUCACCGAGUCAGUCUUUUCCCAAAAUAAAUGACGAGUUUGCAGGUGAAAGAGCCAGCCAGGCUGCACUGAGCUGCCUGGGAUCCCUCCUGCAGCUGAUGCUUUUGCUAAGGCUUCCCUUGGUGAGGGCAUUAACGGUUGACACUGUAGCGUGGUGGUACCAAACUGUAGCCUGCUCUGCAUCACCAUCCCCUUUGUUUCCAGUGCACCCUCCCCACUGUCACUGGCUUGUUCCAUGGUGUUACUGUGUCCCUGGCUGCCUGAGCCACUCUGCCGGGCCAGGGCUGGGCUGUUUUGUUGUGGUUUUGUUUUGGUUUUUUUUUAGCUUCAGGAAAGCUUGUUGAGGGGUUCUGGCCCUGCAUGUCACAUGUGUGCACAGCCUGCGUGGGAAGUGUGGGUGCUGGCCCGAGUCACCGGGGCAGGCACAGGGCUGUGGCACCGGCUGUGAAGGGGGCAGAGGAGGAGCUGCCUCUGUCCUAAAGGGCACCCCUCUGCCUGUCUCCCGGCUUGCCUGAGUCAUUCAUCCUCUCCAGCUCUCGGAAUAAGGACCUUCAUCCACACUGCUCUGUUCUGGGCUAGCCCUGGGCUACUACUUCAUGGCUGUUUCCAGUCCCUGCCCUCCAGGCAGGGCUCAGGGGAUUUUGGGGAGCAGGUUGAGCAGGCGGAGUAGCAGUAGGUACCUCGGACCCUCCCUGCCCCAGCGUGUUCUGUCGGACCCACCUACUGCAUGUCCAUGUCCCCGGUGGGCUGCACUCGGGCAGGCUUGGGGCCAUUCCUCCUGGGGAGCACCCCCGGUGACGCCGCCGUUCCCCCUCCUCGCUGUGCUAGGCAGGGGCGAGGUUUCUGUGCCCGGGGGAGCCCCCUCUCCCCUUCCCCUCGGACCACGCCGUGGGACUCCACAGCUUGUACAUAGCCUCGCCUUCCCCCCCGCCCUCCCGUCCCCCUUUGUUUUUACAUGGAUAAUCACCCUGUUUGUGCUUCACAGAGAACCAAAAACCAUUAAAGAAUCUGUUUUUGUC